GCGUUCUCUCUCUCUCUCUCUUAUAUAAGAGCACAAAGGAGCGAACGAGCGAUCUCUCUUUGCUAUCCCUCACAGAAGAGAAGAAGGUUGUUGGUGUCGACGAUGCUGUCUUCUUCUUAGGGUUUCAUCCACAUUGCGUUUGCUUCCUCAUUCUCAACAUUCAGGAAACCCUAUCUCUUAAUUGUUUGAUUUUUGAUUUGGAAUAACGAAGGUGCGAAGCGAUUUCUUACUUGGGCCGUUUGCAUUUCUCGUGAUUAGAAUAAGGAUUUUGAGGAAUCAUUCUCUGUUUGUAUUCAAUUACUGAAAUGUGUUUGGAAGUGCUCACGGGCAUUGAGUGAUGAUUAUUGUUGCACCUGGGAAGAAGAGAGAAGAAAACUGUUAUUACUCUUGUAAUAAAGUUUAGUUUAGAGAGCAAUUUGUCGACGAUAAAAACUCAAAUUAGACUAUUGGGCAUGAGAGACGUGCACCUAUCACUGGGUUUUAUCAUAUUUUGCGUUAAAAUUUGGAGGAUAAGACUCGGUUCUUGAUUCUGGCAGUUUUGGUUUAUUCAGAGAUUGCUGUGUGGGUAAGAACUUGUUGUCGGAGUUGAUAUGUGCAGUUGUUGGAAUUUCAUGUUAUGGCGCCAACUGUACCCAUAGAUUUUGCUGGACAAAAGGAAUCUAGAAAGUGCUCUCAUUCACAAAUCAUGGGGAAAUCUCGAAAAUAUUCCAAAGGUUAUUCUUCUGGCUUUGUUCCCGAAUACCGUCAUGUUGUAGAGACUAUGGGUGAAUCAGAUGGGUUGGGUAGUUCGGGAAGGGUUGACAUGGAGCCGACGGCAUCAGCUGACUCCUAUGCACCAAAGAGAAAAGGCCCUGGUUUGAAAGGUGAUGGUUAUGGUAGUUUUGAUGUACCGUUUCAACUCUUCUCAUUAUCUAAAAUGUCUGCUAUGGAGAGAAAGGAUUUGAAAUUGAGGUUAACUUGGGAACUUGAACAAGUAAGAAAACUUCAGAAGAAAAUUGACAGUAUGAAUUCAAACACUGUUGGAUUAUCUCCCUCUAGUGACAUAAGGAGCUGCAGUGUGGGACAGAAAAGGCCGCAUCUGGAGAGCCAACACAGUAUACUUCAAGCAUCAGUUCCACAUGGUAAGAAACGACCCUCACAAGGGCGUAAUGGUCCCAAGACCAAAAAAAGUACGCCUGGGCGUUUGGACUAUCUGAAACCUGCUGCAUCAAUGGCUUCAUAUGCUACAUUGAUGAAACAGUGUGAAACAUUACUCAACCGUUUAAUGACUCAUCAAUUUGGCUGGGUUUUUAGUGAACCAGUUGACGCUGUUAAGUUGAACAUUCCUGAUUACUUCACUGUCAUCAAACAUCCAAUGGAUUUGGGUACUGUGAGGGAUAGACUAACAUCUGGUAAAUAUUCAAAUCCUAUGGAUUUUGCCGCCGAUGUGAGGCUGACUUUCUCAAACGCAAUGACUUAUAAUCCACCUGGCAAUGAUGUACACACCAUCACAGAGACCCUUAGCAAAGCCUUUGAAACAAGAUGGAAGGCCAUAGAGAAGAAAAUUCCUGUCACUGAUCAUCGUGUCCCAUAUGAGCCUUCAAAACCUACUUUUGUAGAAACUGAAAUUUUGGACCCAAUUCCCCCCACAAAAAAGAAGAAAGUAACGCCAAAUGUUACUAAUACCAAGCCACAACCCAUCGAAAGAAUUAUGAGUGACAUGGAGAAACAGAAAUUGAGUCAAGAGUUGGAGGACAUGCUUGGAGAGUUGCCUGAAACCAUUCUUGAUUUCUUGAAAGAGCAAAGUCACAAUGCAGGGCAAACAAAUGAUGAUGAAAUUGAGAUUGAUAUCGAUACUCUUAGUGAUGAUACCUUAUUCAAACUGCGGAAGCUUCUUGAUGAUUAUAUGCUGGAGAUGGAGAAGCAAAGAUUCCAUCCAAAAGCGGGACAGUGUGAAAUGGAGAUUCCUAAUGAAUCAGGGUUUAGCAACUCAUCAAUGCAACCAUCUAAAGGCAAUGAACUGGUUGACGAGGAUGUGGACAUUGUUGGUGGGAAUGAUCCUCCUAUUUCAAAUUAUCCUCCACUAGAGAUUGAGAAAGAUGGAACCAACAGAAACAGUAAAUGCAGUAGUUCAAGCAGCUCUAGUAGUGAAUCUGGCUCAUCAUCAAGUGAUUCAGAUUCAAGUAGUUCAUCUGGUAGUGAGUUAGAUACUGCUAAGGCGUCGGAACCUCUUAGUACUAAGAAGGAAAAUGUAGGACCUGGCUUGACUUGUGAUCAAAACAGGGGGGAUCUUAGUAAUCCAGAAGCUGGAAAGGAUUCAACUGAUCUGGGUACCCAGGUUGACCAGAGUUUGGAGACUAAGGCAGUUACAAUUGAAUCAGAAAGCCAUCAAGAUGGGGAGAGUGCUGCGUCUAAGAGGCAAGUCUCUCCUGAAAAGCUCUACCGUGCAGCUUUAUUAAGGAGCCGGUUUGCUGACACCAUAUUGAAAGCUCAAGAGAAAGCCCUUGAAAAGGAUGAAAAGCGUGACCCUGAAAAGCUUAGAAUAGAGCGAGAAGGACUUGAAAGGAGGCAGAAAGAAGAGAAAGCUCGACUGCAGGCAGAGGCAAAGGCUGCAGAAGAGGCUCGGAGGAAAGCUGAAGCAGAAGCUGCAGCAGAAACCAAAAGGAAGAGGGAAGAGGAGAGAGAAGCAGCCCGCCAGGCUUUGCAAAAGAUGGAGAAAACUGUUGAGAUCAAUGAGAGCUGUCAAUUUUUGGAAGAUCUAGAGAUGCUGAGUGCUGUACAUGAUGAGAAUGCACCAAUUUUCAAGGAGGCGAGCCCUGAUCACCAUCAAAAUGGAUUUGGUGGGAUCAAGCUGCAGGGUAAUCCCUUAGAGCAGCUAGGAUUGUAUAUGAAGGUUGACGAUGAGGAUGAGGAGGAAGAACUGCCUCAAAGUGCUGCAGGGCCAUCGAAAGAUGUAGAAGAAGGAGAAAUUGAUUGAUAUUAACCUCAUUAAUUGUUAGCAUCAUUUGAACAAAUAUAUAAACAGUGGUUCUGAGCAGUAGUUGCUGGAUUUAGCGACACUGUUUUUUCCAGCUAUGGAGCGUGGAGUUUAAUCCAUAUUUGUAUGGUCUGAUGUUGGCUCGACACUUUAGGAAAGUUUGAGGAUGGGACAUCAAAAACUUAGAAAAGGGCAUGAAGGUUGGAUUUGGUUUUACUUCGUUCUGAUUAAAUUUGGUUUUAACUUGGGAAAUAGUUUCUGGAUGGAAAAUUUGUAUCAAUCAGGAUAUGCCCAGUUUUGCUUGUAAAAAAGAACUCGUCAAUGAGUUCUAUAUCUGACCUUGAGUAGUUAACUUCACUGACAUUGUAAAAUAUUGUUUUAGAUCUGAGGUAGAAAUCAAUUCUUUUUAUUUAUUUAUU